CUCAGCGCCCGCCCCGGCUUGUGUAACACUCGGGCCGCGUGGCUGCCAGUGGGGAUCGGCACCGGCACCCGCACCCGCACCCGGAGCCCAGCGCAGCCACGCUGCUCCGGGCGGCGCUGAGGAUGCGGCGGGCACGGGGGAAGCGGAAGGCCGAGGCCACGGAGGUGCCGUGCGUGAAUCGGAGGAGGACGGAGGGAGACGAGGCGAUACAGGAGGCCCGUCGGAGGGCGGCCCCGUCCGUUCGAGAGUUCAAGUACAACAAAAAGCGGGUUCGCCUUGUCUCGCAGGGCUCGGACCUGAAGGAUGAUGCUCGGUGCAUCCUUUACUGGAUGUGCCGGGAUCAGCGAGUGCAAGAUAACUGGGCUUUCCUCUACGCCCAGCGCCUGGCCCUCAAACAGGAGCUGCCUCUGCACGUCUGCUUCUGCUUGGUGCCCAAAUUUCUGGAGGCCACCAUUCGCCACUACAGGUUCAUGCUGAGGGGCCUGCAGGAGGUAGCAGAGGAGUGUGCAGAGCUGAACAUCUCCUUCCACUUGCUGCUGGGCUAUGCCAAGGAUGUGCUGCCCGUGUUUGUGACGGAGCAUGGCGUGGGUGGGCUGGUGACAGACUUCAGUCCCCUCCGCCUCCCCCGGCAGUGGGUAGAGGAAGUCAGGGAACGCUUGCCAGAGGAUGUGCCAUUUGCACAGGUUGAUGCCCACAACAUUGUGCCCUGCUGGGUUGCCUCCCCCAAGCAGGAGUACAGCGCCAGGACCAUCCGGGGCAAGAUCCACGCUCAGCUCCCCGAAUUCCUCACGGAGUUUCCCCCUGUUGUUCGUCACCCACAUCCGCCCUCCUGCCCAGCAGAGCCCAUCGCUUGGGAGGCCUGUUAUUCCAGCUUGGAGGUGGACCACACCGUGAAGGAAGUGGAGUGGGCAACCCCUGGCACAGCUGCAGGGAUGGCUGUGCUCAAGUCCUUCAUUGCAGAGCGGCUGAAAUCCUUCAGCAGCCACAGGAAUGAUCCCAACAAGGCGGCUCUCAGCAACCUCUCCCCGUGGCUUCACUUUGGCCAGGUUUCCACCCAAAGAGCCAUCCUGGAGGUGCAGAAGCAGCGGCGCAGUUACAAGGACUCGGUGGAUGCGUUCGUGGAGGAGGCUGUGGUGCGGCGGGAGCUGGCCGAAAACUUCUGCUACUACAAUGAGAACUACGACAGUGUGCAGGGUGCCUAUGACUGGGCACAAACCACCCUGAAGGUCCAUGCCAAAGACAAGAGGCCUUAUUUGUACAGUCUGCAGGAGCUGGAGCAGGGAACCACACAUGACCCACUCUGGAAUGCUGCCCAGCUGCAGAUGGUCCGGGAGGGCAAGAUGCACGGCUUCCUGCGGAUGUACUGGGCCAAGAAGAUCCUGGAGUGGACGCACUCCCCUGAGGAGGCCCUGCAGUUUGCCAUCUACCUCAACGACCGCUAUGAGCUGGACGGGAGGGACCCCAAUGGAUACGUAGGCUGCCUGUGGUCCAUCUGUGGCAUUCACGACCAGGGCUGGGCGGAGCGGCCCAUCUUCGGCAAGAUUCGCUACAUGAACUACGCCGGCUGCAAGCGCAAGUUCGACGUGGAGCAGUUUGAGCGUCGCUACAGCCCCACACAUUCCCAGUGACACCCUCUGGGCUGGGCAGAUGUGCCUGGGCCCAGCUGCCAGCUUGCAGGGGUCACUCUGGGAUAUCAAAGGGCCCCCUGUAGCAGCAGCACGCUCCAGGGUUUUGCAGGUCUUUGCCAUCACCCACUGCUCAAGUUGUCACACUGGGGCAGCUACUGGAGCCCUUCCACUGGCACAAGGUUGCUGGCAGCUGUGAGAGCCUAUCCUCAGCAUGCCUGUGCCUGCCAGAAAUCUUUCUACAACCAAGGCCUCAGGAGUAGCCCAGGUCAUCAUUGCUGCUGGUAAUCAUAGCUGAGAUUUGGGCUGAGCAGAGUGUUUCUAGGGAAAAGCCCCCAGGAAGAGGCUCUUUAUGAAGCCAGUGCUAGGCUCUCAUUUUUUAACAGUUUUAAAGUUUACAUUUUUUAUCACCUGUGUUGAUGGUGUUUAUGGGGAGGUGCACAACACUGCUGUGAAGGGAGAGCUGGCUGGUGUGGAAUGGGGAUGCAAGCAUGGACAGGGCAGCCAAAGCCAGGCCCCUCUCCCAGCAGCAAAAGCUGGCUCUGGAAGGGGACAGACAUUACAGAGAGCCCCUCACUCAGUGCCUUGCACCUCCUGCCCUGAAUCCAGUGGGCAGUUUGCAGGGGCAGGCCACAAACCAGAUUAAUUAGUCAAGGGGUAGUGACAAUAACCCCCUCCCAGUGACUGCAUCACCAGCUACAUGAGCUGUCCCUUCCACUGCUCAGCAGCACUCCCUGCCUGCCCCAUCACCUCCAGGUGGGAUACACACCUUUGCCCCACCUGAAACAACGUGACAACACAACCAGACUCCUUAUUAACGUUGUUUAUUAAGGACGGCAUUUAAUUGCUGUGCUCUACAAUAACAAUCCCAUUGUGAGGGCUCCAGUUGAGGGCCAGGGCAGCCCCCAGCUCUCCCUCCCAGAGCUCCUGUCGUGGCCAGUUCCAGUGUUAGCUGUAGUGGUCAGUGCUGGGCAGCAGUGUCAGUGCUGGGCACAGGCUUGCCCUGGAGACCUGUGCCAGGUUUGGGGGUCCUGCUGCUUCCACACAGUCCAUGGUGGAGGGUGGGAACCAUAACUAAGCCAGAAUUCCUUCCCUCUUCUCAAAAAGUACUCAGUGCUUUUAGAAAGGGAUCUGGGCAGCCUCUCAGCUGCUGUCCCAUGACGUUAAAGUGCUUCAAACAAAAUAGGGUGGAUGGAGGUGUGCUGCUGAGGCAACUCCAGGGAAGGGGGUCCCAGAUCCAAGCAGCAGCAGGAGGGCUUGGCUUGGGCUUGGGGACAGGCAAGACCAAGGCAGACCAGCAUCUGGCAGCCCCAGGGCUUGCAGAGACAGUGAGAAGAGCAGCUGCUCUUCUGAGGAAAAAAAGCAGAAGCAAGACACAAGGCAGUAAAAAUCCCAGGGGAGCCAGUGGGGAGCUGAGCCCUGCUUUCAGGACUUGGUCAUGGUGCUGCAGGCAGGGGAGAGAUGCCGCAGCCCAGCCCUCAGCAGCAAGGCUGCAGCCACAUCUCCUGGACCCAGCCUCUUCCCCUCUCCCCAACCCUGCCACUCCCUCAGGGAGAGCCUGUAAGUCACAUCCCAGCCUCGAAUCAGGGCAUGUGCUGAAAGAGCCACUGCCCCUUGAGGCCUCCUGCCAGUGCAUUGCUCUCUGGUCCCUCAACACCCUCCUUGCACAUACACAGGCCACACCAUCCUUCCUAGCACUCCACAUCCCACCUGUGCUCAGGUGCUGCACAUGCCAUGGCCAAAGCAUCCCCCCACGAUGCAGAGGCACCUCCUCAGCUGGGCACAGAGCUCACCUUGUCCCACAGGUCUGACCCUGACCCUGCAGAGCUGUCACUUGUGCCAGAUGACACAGGUGCAUCAGUGAGGAACCAGUCCUUGGCAGCACCCCAGUGCCAAACCCCUCCCCUGGGUAUCCCCAUUGCAAUCAGGCUGCCUGACCAUCCCACCACAGCACAGCUGGGAAGCUUCAGAGCUUUGCCUGGCUCAGGGACCCUUCCUGCCCCAAAGGAAGCAGGAGAUCCUGCUGGGAGAGGGGAUCAGCUCCACCCAGGGGUGAGGAACCAGGAGCAGGAUAGCCCUGGAGAUUUUAUACUGCUGAGUCCCAAGCAGAUCACAUGCCCCCGAAGAAGGCAUUUCAAGCAGCACCUCCUUGAGGGGAACACACAGUUAAAAA